UUCACACAAACGUAGCUCGCUCCCUCUCGAUGCUCCUCCCCCUCCCCCUCGUCUCCGUCCCCGCUCUAGGGUUUCGAUCGAAACCCUAGCUCCCACUCUCUUCGAUCGUAGCACUCGCUCUCGUCUCCGAUCGCAACGACGCAGGUGGAUCGCUCGAACUACGCGACUCUGCUCAUUCUCAGCUCAUCUUUCUCGAAUGCGCCUAGUUUUCGAUCGUCAUCUCUAGACAUCUCGAUUGUUGGAAAGUAGUGAACUCUUAAUAUCAACCAUCAAUGCUGCCUUCAGCUAAUAUGGAUUCACCACCAAUCAGUGACAACAAAAUGGAUGAGCCAUCACCAUCUGUAGCUGAGUCCGCUCUCUCAAAAUUCGAAGAUAGGACAAGAUUGCUUAACAUUGAGCGUCACGUAUCUUGUGAAGCGAAGUCCUUUCUUGAUAUUUCUCUUGCCAGUAGAUCCCACCACUAUAUUUCCAAGCACCUUGAGAAUGUAAGAAUUGAGGAUGUUCCAGAGGAUGUAGGUUCUCCUGUCAAGGGAUCUUUCUCGAACACUCCAAAUCUCAAUAGCUUUGACACACAUUUAAUCAGAACUGAAGCUUGGGAAGCCUUAAAGCGCUCAUUGGUGUACUAUAGAGGUCAACCAGUUGGAACAAUUGCUGCGGCGGACCAUUCUGAAGAUGCACUUAAUUAUAAUCAGGUUUUUGUGAGGGACUUCAUUCCUAGCGGCUUGGCGUUUCUGAUGAAUGGUGAGCCAGAAAUAGUCAAGAACUUUCUCCUAACGACUCUCCGCCUCCAAUUAUGGGAGAAGAUGAUUGACAAAUUCAAGCUAGGUGCAGGCGUGAUGCCAGCGAGUUUCAAAGUUCUUCGUAAUCCUAUAACCCAUCGUGAAGAGCUAUUAGCUGAUUUUGGGGGUAGUGCUAUUGGAAGAGUUGCGCCGGUAGAUUCCGUUUUUUGGUGGAUAAUAUUACUUCGUGCUUACACAAAGUCUACUGGGGACUCAUCCUUGGCUGAAAUGCCCGACUGCCAAAGAGGAAUGAGACUUAUUCUAAUGCUGUGUCUGUCUGAUGGAUUUGAUACAUUUCCUACCUUGCUUUGUGCCGAUGGGUGUUGUAUGGUUGAUCGCAGAAUGGGAAUUUAUGGUUAUCCAAUUGAAAUACAAGCUCUAUUCUUUAUGGCCCUAAGAUGUGCAUUGAUUAUGCUAAAGCAAGACAAUGAGGGAAAGCUAUUUGUGGAACCAAUUACAAAACGGCUUCAAGCCCUAAGCUAUCACUUACGAACUUACUUCUGGCUUGACUUUCAUCAGCUUAAUGUCAUUUACCGUUACAAGACAGAGGAGUACUCUCACACUGCCGUGAACAAAUUUAAUGUGAUGCCCGAUUCUCUCCCUGAAUGGGUAUUCGAUUUUAUGCCGAAUCAGGGUGGUUACUUCAUUGGGAAUGUCAGUCCUGCCAGAAUGGACUUCCGCUGGUUCUGCUUGGGAAACUGCCUUGCGAUUUUAUCCUCAUUGGCAACUCCAGAACAAGCUGCAGCCAUAAUGGAUCUUUUUGAGGCAAGAUGGACAGAGUUGAUUGGGGAAAUGCCUUUGAAAGUUUGCUAUCCAGCCAUAGAAGGUCAUGACUGGCAAAUCACCACUGGGUGCGAUCCAAAGAAUACUAGGUGGAGCUAUCAUAAUGGAGGCUCUUGGCCAGUGCUUCUGUGGGUAUUCACGGCUGCAUGCAUCAAGACGGGGCGGCCUCAAAUGGCGCGACGUGCGAUUGAGCUGGCGGAGAGCAGGAUGUUGAAGGACAGCUGGCCCGAGUACUAUGACGGAAAGCUGGGGCGGUACGUGGGGAAGCAGGCGCGCAAGUUCCAGACGUGGUCCAUCGCCGGCUACCUCGUGGCCAAGGCGAUGCUCGACGACCCGACCCAUCUGGGAAUGAUCGCCCUUGAGGAGUACCAGCAGACGCAGCCUUGUCUGAGGCGAUCGUCUUCAUGUUGAGCACCGCGUUAUGCUCAGUUUUGAAUAGGUGUGAGAAUGCCUUAGUGCCUUAGUCCGGAAAAAUAUAUUCUUCAAUGAUGAUAAAAUUCAUAGGAUACCCUUAGUUCCAAUAUGCUGCAUUUUGCGUGACUUUUGGUAAAUUUGUUACAAG